UCAUCGUUGCACGAGCAUCGUCAUCGAAUUGAUUCGAAUCGUCGCUUUAGACGACGAAGACUAUAAUCGCACGAAGCUUAAUUAAUAAAAAAGAAACGGAGGAGGAGAAGAGACGAUAAAAGCCUUUGCGUUCGCUUUUUCGUGUUCGAAUAAGUACGAUCGUCGCGAGAGGCGCGUGAAGCAGACGCGUAAGAAAGUCCCUAGAUUUUUCGUGGCGGUUACGCGUGAUUUUCAUGAGCGGACCGCGGCCAACUCCCGCGGCGCGAUUAGCGUUUCGUGCGGCGGAGAUCCUCGAUCGAUCUCCCGUCUCUCCGAGGUCAUUGGGUCAAAUCGGGGCUGUGCGGUUCCUCUGUUCGAAAAUAUCCCCCUCGAUCCUCCCCGUCCGCCGCGGCCAUCGGACAGUCUCGCUCCAAUGUGCGCACGCGCGGAACGAACAGCAGAGCUGCGCGCGCUCUCCGUUUUUCUCGCUCGCUCUCCAUCUUUCUCGCGCCCAUUCUCCGUCUUCCUCACUCGUUCUUCUCGUUCGGCGCGGUCACGUGGCGAAUAUGCGCGUGGGGAGGAAAGUCCUAGUUUUCGAGAACAGCUGAUAGGGGAAAACUACGAUAGUUUGAGGUUCGCAAAACAAAGAGGAUCGAUCGUGAUCGUCCGAGAUCUGUUCGUUUCGGGCGAGUGCCCUGCACCCUCCGCGUCCCUCUUUCUCCUCAGACAACGUUUAUCUCAUUAUACCCGCGGGGAUGUGAAGGAGGAUCGCCGGCACAGGAUUCCCGUCAGCUGUAUUUUCCGCAUCUCGUUCUCCUCUUCUCUCCAGUACGCGACCCAUACGUCCCUCUCAUUCCAAGCGCAGAAAGUGCAGACGCGGCGCGGUCCAAAACUGAAACUUGUUCUGAAGACGAUUUAGUAACGGCACGCGUGAAUCGCGAGAGAGCGAGCGAGGAAUUCAUUACAAAACGAAGCCCGCACUUGUGACAAAGUCGGUCUGCGCGAAGAUGGAAGCAAUGGACACGACCGCGAGCUCGCAUCCGAGGAGAAUGCAGAACAGUUAUGAGGACGAAGAGGAACGAAAGCAUUUCCAAAGGAUCGUUUCCGCGUUCAGAUAUUACAAACCACACUCCUUGCAGAGGGUAAGAAAAACGGAGUCUUAUCUUCUCAGUCUACCACCACAUCAUCAGAAGUUUUUACGAAAGUAUAAAGAACAUCUGCAAGAGGUUAAACGUUGCAUUGAGAACAACGAUCAGAUUAUAAAACUCAUAAUAAAAGAUGUAGCUCAUAUAUUUGAAAAUGUUUGCCCGUCUACUGCACAAGUUGAUGGCGCGUUAACUCUGAGGCCUGUGAUGUCUGACCAAGAGAAGGUACAAGCCACCAUUAAACAAUUGGUACGGGACUGGAGUGUGCAAGGUACCGAGGAACGGAAGGCAUGCUAUCAGCCAAUCAUAGAUGAAAUAUUAUGUCAAUUUCCAUCGGAACAUUGUACACCGUCAGACGUACAUAUUUUGGUACCUGGUGCAGGUUUGGGUCGACUCGCCUUUGAAAUUGCAAAGCGCGGAUAUACUUGCCAGGGGAAUGAAUUUUCCUUGUUUAUGCUGUUUGCAUCAAAUUUUGUAUUGAAUAAAUGUAGAGAUAUAAAUUUGUAUCAUGUACAUCCAUGGGUACAUCAAUAUAUGAACAACUUGAAACCCGAGCAUCAGACGCAAGCGGUUUCCUUUCCUGAUGUGAGUCCGAGUGAUCUUCCAGGAACUGCGCAGUUUUCUAUGACUGCGGGUGACUUUUUAGAGGUAUAUACUGAAAGUGAUCAUUGGGAUUGCGUCGCAACAUGUUUCUUCAUAGACUGUGCUAAUAAUGUCGUCCAAUUCAUUGAGACAAUUUACAAAAUCUUGAAGCCAGGUGGUGUCUGGAUAAAUCUCGGACCGUUGCUCUAUCAUUUCAGUGAUUUGCCGAAUGAGGAGUCAAUUGAGCCGAGUUAUGAAGCCAUCCGCGAAGUUAUUCUAGGUUUUGGCUUUCAAUUGGAGAAGGAAGAAACAAAAGUGAAAACGCGUUAUGCUCAAAACAUUAACAGUAUGUUACAGUGCGAAUACAACAGCGUGUAUUUUGUUUGUCGAAAACCUAAUGAAGAUAUAGAUGGUGCAAAUCACAAUCAGAAUGGCGAUGAAACUAACAGUGCACAAGAGCAAGAGAACUGAACAAAUUGUGACCUCUUUCUUUUACGAAGAAAAA